CUCCCAGCCGAGGAUGACAAGCUGCUGUCCGAGCCUCUCAGCCACCCCGACUUCUUCAACGUGAAGGAGCUCUUCUCCCUGAAAGAUCUCUUUGAUGCCCGGGUGCACUUGGGGCACAAAAAGGGAUGUCGGCAUAGGUUCAUGGAGCCUUACAUCUUUGGCUGCCGCCUGGAUCAGGACAUCAUCGACUUGGAUCAGACGAUGCAGCACCUCCAGCUGGCCCUCAACUUCACCGCCCACAUCGCCUACCGCAAGGGCAUCAUCCUCUUCGUCAGCCGCAAACGCCAGUUCUGCCACCUGGUUGAGAGCACGGCACGGGAGUGUGGGGAGUACGCCCACACCCGCUACUGGCAGGGCGGCCUGCUCACCAACGCCCACGUCCAGUUCGGGCCCGGCGUCCGCCUGCCCGACCUCCUCAUCUUCCUCAGCAGCCUCAACAACAUCUUUGAGCCCCACGUGGCCAUCCGGGAUGCUGCCAAGAUGAACAUCCCCACGGUGGGGGUGGUGGACACGAACUGCAACCCCUGCUUGAUCACCUACCCCAUCCCUGGCAACGACGACAGCCCCACCGCCAUGGAGCUCUACUGCAAGCUCUUCAGGAUGACCAUUAUCCGCGCCAAGGACAAGAGGCGGCAGAGUGAGGUCUUCAACGAGCUGCGGAGCAAAGCGGAGGGCGAUUAGAGCCCUAGGGACAGGCUCGGCCAUGCCCAGCAGCUUGGUGAUGGGCAUCCUGCUCCGCUCCCGCGGGCGCUGCAGGUCUGACCCUGCACCCAGAGCACCAGCUUUCGGCAGAGCUGCGCUGGUUGCGGAAGG